GUUUGACAUAAGUGGAAACUUGUGUUGUUGUAUAUUGUGCAUCUAUUUAUUGAUGAAUAUUUAUUGAAUUUUACAAAUAUACCAAUUUUACAAGAAGAACGUUCGAAAAAACUAUUUACAUUACAUUUUUUAUGGGAGAAAAGAAACACAUAAUGAAGAAAGAAAUGGAAUUACGUGGAAAAGAGUCUGUUGAGGAAAAUAUUUGUGUUGUUACAAGAGUUCGCCCCUUAAGUUCAAAAGAAGUUGAAACGAAUUGUCCAAACAUUGUUUCUGUUGACAUUGAAAAUAGAAUGUUGUCUAUUACAAAACCUGGAGAAUCAACUAAUAAUAAGCCAAGAACGUUUACAUUCAGUUUUGAUUAUAUUUUCCCUGAAACAUCUUCACAGAUGGAUGUUUAUCGUAAUGUGGCUAAACCAAUAGUUGAUAAGGUUCUUGAAGGAUAUAAUGGCACAUUAAUUGCAUAUGGUCAGACAGGGACAGGGAAAACCUUUACAAUGAGUGGUGAUGAUGAUCCCAGCAUGCAAGGAAUAAUUCCAAACACAUUCAAUCAUAUUUUUUCAAAAAUAUCAUCUACAACUGAAGACAUAAUAUUUGCUAUAUCUGUUUCUUAUUUGGAAAUUUAUAAUGAAGAAGUUAAAGACCUUUUAGCUGGAAAAAACGAUAAGAAAUUAAAAAUGUAUGAGAAUGAAGAUGGUGCUGUUUAUGUAAAGGAUGCCAUCUGCUUAGCAGUUGAUUCUGUUGAAUCAAUUACAGAAUUGAUGAGAAGAGGCAAUGCCAACAGAAAAACCAGGGCUACAUUAAUGAAUGACAGAAGUUCUAGGUCCCAUGCUAUAUUUAUGAUUAAUAUUGAGCAAAGAUGUCAAGGAGACAACACAAUGGUGCUGGGAAAAUUGAAUCUUGUUGACUUAGCUGGUUCAGAAAGAUUAAUCAGGACUCAAGCAACUGGAGAUGGAUUAAAAGAAGCAACCAACAUAAAUCAAAGUCUAUCAGUCCUAAGUAAUGUUAUUGCAACAUUGGCAGAAGGAAAGGGAGGUCAUGUUCCCUAUCGAAGUUCUAAACUCACUAGGCUUCUUCAAAAUUCCUUAGGAGGCAACUCUAAAACUACAAUUAUUGCUACAGUUAGCCCUGCUUCUAUGGACUUUGAAGAAACACAUUCUACGCUCCGAUACGCAGCACGUUGUAAAUUGAUUAAAAAUAGGGCUGUUAUUAAUAGAACUUCAUCUACUGGUUUAAUUGCCCAGUUUGAGGCUGAACUUCAAAAACUCGAAAUGGAGUUAGCUCUAGUUAGUGCCCACGAAAAAGAAGAAAUUGAGAUGAUCAAUUCUAAUCACAACAUGAAGCGAGUCAAAUGCAGUAAGCAGAAGAUUUCUACUCCUGAAAUUGACGAGGAAGUUAAACGACAGGAGGAAGAAUUAAAAUCUACAGAAGAGCAAAAGAACGAUUUACUUUCUCGUAUAUCUAGUAUUCAGAAAUUAAUUCUAGUUGGAGGAGAAAAUUUGAUUGAGAAAGCUAAGAGGCAGCAGUUUCUUCUGGAAUCUUCAGAUGCCGAGCUGAAGAAUCUUGAUAAGUCUCAUAAACAUCUACAAGAAGAGUUAGAAAAGAAGGGGGCUGAAAGGAUAGACGUUGAAGAAAAGUAUAACACCCUUCAAGAAGAAGAUACUGAACUUACUAAAAAGAUUUUAAAAUGUCAGGAACAGUUGUCAGCUAUAAAAGAAGAGUAUGCUAUUAAAGAGCAUGAGUAUCAACGCGACGAAGAAGCUUUAAUUGAUAGCAACAGGCUUUUACUGAGAGAAGUGCAGCUAGCCAAUGUAAUGACUGCCCAAUACAUUCCUAAAGAAUACUGGCGGACGAUCGAAAGUAAUGUACAGUGGAAUAAAGAAACUUUGGAAUUCCAAACCAGAGGUGUGGCUUACACGGGGAAUAACAUGCAGCAAGGAAGAGGAGAUAAUGGGAGUAAUGUCCCCUAUGCAUAUGGGAUGAAUCGACCUUAUGGGGAGUAUCAUAGGAAACCAAGAAUCCGUCAUUCUAGUGUACCACGUCCAAGGAGGUAUAUUUAUAUGACAAAAGGAAGUCGCGCCCAAUAGAAAUGGUACUGCACUUUACUGAAUUAUUUAAUCGAAAUUAUUUCGGUGUAGGGGAUUUCCUGAAUUUUUCUUUAGCAGAUCUUUUGCUAGUCAAUUUGCUUAAACCUGUGAUUUCAGUGAAUUCCUUUCUCUUAUUAUUAUACAUAUUGUUAUAUUUAUUUAUUAAUUUUGUUAAAAAUGACGUAUA